UGCUACACCUCUGAUCACAAUCCUCACUUUUCUCUGACAGAGCAAAGGAGAUAGAGAGUAUUCUUUUUCUAUUAAAAUUACAAUAAAUAAAUUGAAGAUCACUUGAGGUGGACAAAUGAAAAGGUGAGCAGAACACCAUGCUCACAAUGGGUGGCCCUAGGACUUUAGUACAAGUUCUGCUACUGUCAGCUAUCGGAGUCGUGUGUAUAUCAACACUGGUCUCUGCAAUUACAAAUACAACAUCAGGACCAGGUUCAGUAACAUACGAAAACAGCAAUGUUUCCACCCCCAGCAAUGGUUUCCAGGAAACUUGCCAUCCUGUAAAUCUAAAAGAUGCCAGUCACAGAAUCUCUGCUGCAGUGGACACACUGGCAGGGGAGCUAUCCUGUAAAAGGGGUAGAAAUGAGAGCUUUCCAGAAGACAAAUUCAAGGAGUUGGAACAAAACCUCAGACAAAUUGUGGAGUCAACUUUAAAAGUCUUCUUUGACCUGAACACCAAUCAGUCUGGAUUCAACGUUCUGGAUGUAUUUGGUGUCUUGGACAGUCUAAGUUUGGGUAACCACAGUGACUCAAGAUUCGUCAGACUGUGGUUUUCGCUAAAAAUGGCCCCUCUUUUGCCCCAUGUCGAUGAAAACUUCCUGAUCCAGCUGAGCAGUCAGAACUUCAGCUGCAGUUCUUUCCAAGAAUUGAUUGAGGCUAUGAGUGAUGAACUGGAGAGUUCACAAGGAAUGGAGAAGAGACUAAUCUAUUCACACUUCAUUCAACUCUACCUUUCAAGAAAGAACUUGCCAGAGCCUGGAUGCACACAAAAUGUAAAUGGAAGUGUAGAAUGGCUGCAGAGAAACUUUGGAAAUUUUUCAGUCUUUGCAAGUCUUCAGGAUCUUAAAAGAAUUAACAGCAAUUUCUCUGCAAAAAUGGCAUUGGAGCAACUCUCACCAAACCAGAAGGCUGAGCUGAUGCUGGAUCCAGACAGCGGCGCUCUCGAGGAUGUGGCCAUUGUAAGGGAGGUGUUUGCAAGCUUGACAGAGUCCCGUGAUGUGGAGCAGCUCAAUCAGUUUUUCCAGGCUUUUGCAAACAUCAGCAAGCAGAGAAACAUCACCUUCCUCAGAAAUCCAGAUGUACGAGACACCAUGUUGAACCUGACCUUGACGGCCCUUGCUCCUGAAUUUGAAGACUUUGAGCCUGAAGACUUUCAGCUGUGGUUCCAGGGCAAUUUGGCUCCUGUGAUGGCAAGCCUCCAUCCUGGCAGCUUGGCGGUGAUUCCCAGUAACAUCAGCUGUGUAUCCUACUCAGCUAUACUCACCGGUCUUGAGCAAAGUUUGCAAUCCCUGCCACUGGACCUUUCACAGGGUGUGAGAUCAAGCAAAAAAUCGCUCAAGGAGACAUUUACACGUUGCUCAGUUCCAGAUUCCUUCAUGGUAAGUUAAUUUCUCUGGACCUGUGUAUUACAUGGAUCAUUCAGCAUUUGAUCAAAAUUUACAAGACACAAGUUUGGCACGUUUACGUCAUUAAGGAGGCCACGUUAAGUUGUUUUGAAUUUAAAUAGCUUUUGCCACUAGACUAACAAUCAUGUUUUGCUUGUCUCCAGUGCAAGGAGACCCCGGUUGAUGGUAAGUCUGUAAAAUGCCAGACAUUUCAUCUUUGAUGACAAAAUCGCAUUCUGAAGCUACAAUAUCUCACACACCAAUGUUGUCUUUUCACAGAGGACCUCAUCUGUGCUGCAAGUGACAGAUCACAGCUCGAACACGCCCUGUCUUCAGGCAAUUACUCUGAAGCCCUGUGCAAUUUUACCAUCACUGAGCAUGCCUGUUCCUCGGCUGCACAUCUUACACCCAGCAUCUUGGCCACACUGCUGAAAUGCUCACUGGAAAGCCAAAGGACAUACCCGGUAGAGGUCUGGAAGCUUUUCUUCCAAAAAGCUUCCACUGACCUAGACCAGGCUCUUGCGACAUUGGCCACCAUGGCCCCCAACAACAGCAGCCCAUCCUUGUCAAAUGCUCUUGAGGCCCUUGGAGAGGUGAGAAUUGCCAACUUCAGCCAGGCGCAGCUGCAGAGUGAUGGCUUUGUCAGCGACUGGUUCGGGACAAAGAUUCGUCCGUUUUUGGCCUCUCCAUCCCCCAACUUCCUGUUCUGCCUUACGACCAAGAACUUCAGCUGCCAUACGUACCAGACUGUCAUCCAGGCAUUCAGCAGCCAAAGGCCAUCCAUGGACAGAGAAAGACAGCAAGCAGUCUUCACUCAUUUCAUCAAACCAUUCCUUUCAAGAAAUGACUCAUCAGGUAAAGGCUGGCACUCAGGCUCAAUUUGGUAAAGGUCUGA